UCUACGGAACUCCGGACGAAGGGACUACGAGUGCCACUCUGUCGUGAUACGUAAGGAUCCAACGAACCUAAGGUAAAAGCUGGCGUUUGAACAUUACCGAUUAAAACCACCCAGCAUUUCCUCUCAAGACUCAUCCUCCUUAUCCUCUGAGUCCUCAAUAUCUUCAAUAAUGACUGCCUCCGGACCUGCUGCACAAGAGAACAUGCUACGGCAACUCUUGGACAGGAUGCAACGGAUGGAAGAAGGAAUCAAUCAACAAUUGACAACUCUAGGAGAAGAAAACCAAAACCGUGCAAAAGAAAUCCAAAAUAUUGCAGAGCAGCUGAAACUGGUCACCCUCACUGAAGACGCGUCUACUAUUUCGAGGAUCACCAGACGAAGCGGCGGAGAUCAAGAUAAUCAACAAGAAGAUGAAAUGCAUACGGCCCGUCAACCACCCCAAAAUUCAACAAUCAGGCCAAACGAACUGAUGAAAGCAGUUGACGCCAUUCGAACCAUCGAGACCUUACGAGGACGAGAUGAUGUAGGAGUUGAAGAUUUUAUCAAAUCAGUCAGGUAUGCCAGGAGUAAUUGUUCUGAGAAAACAUUAUUACUAAAAUUAAUUCUGAUCGAAAAAAUUACGGAAAACGCAAAAAGAAGCAUUCGAUACACGUCAAUUGAAACGUAUGAAGAACUUUAUGAAGUACUCCGUCAGAACGUUUCAGUACCUAAUACUGUUAGUAGUUGCCGUAAUAAGUUACAACAAAUACGGCAAGGAGCAACGGAAACAGUACAGUCUUAUAACCUACGAUUUAGACAACAACUCAAUGAAUUAAUUUACGCCGUUCAAAAUAAACACCAAAAUCCAAUUUCAAGAAGGAUAGCUAUAGAAGAAAAAGAAACAGAAGCUACUCGAACAUAUGUGCUCAAUCUCCGCAGGGACAUAGGCAUGCUCGUAAUACCAAGUAAACCGAAAUUAUUAAUAGAGGCACAAACAAUGGCAGCCGACAUGGAACUGUGGACUCGCGACGCGAAUCGUGCCAUGGAGCGUCGACAAGUGCCAUCCAGAAUUCCUCCACCUAAACAACAAGGGCAACGCCCAAAUACACCGAGUGAUCGGCAAACCAUUCGAUACCUUUGA